AUGGUCCACGUAAAACCGUUUGUUCUUGACCACUGGGAUACAUGCGUGGAUCCACUAUCGUUACAGGACCUCACCAAACUCGGGGCAUUGAACUCUUCUGUUCACCCCAUUGAAGCGUCAAACAGCUUGAUCUAUGGCUCUGUUCUAGGCAAGCCUGAACUGCGGCAACGAAUUCUCGCACUCUAUGGGGACGCUGGGGCUAAUCCCGCAGAAUCCUUGUCUUUGACAGUCACACAGGGGGCUAUUUCAGCUAAUUUCCUGGUUCUGGACACCUUACUUGGACCGGGAGAUCAUGUUAUUUGUCAAUAUCCGACAUAUCAACAGCUUUAUGAUGUUCCUCGUCGGGCCGGGGCGGAAGUUUCGCUGUGGCGGACUCAUGCUGAACACGGCUGGGUACCCGAUGUAUCUGAACUGCAAUUUUUGGUGAAGAAGAACACAAAGAUGAUCAUUAUCAACAAUCCGAAUAAUCCUACGGGUGCAUCCAUCCCAAGAGGAGUCCUAGAGAAGCUUGUCGCUUUUGCCUCGGAGCGCGGAAUCAUCAUCUUCAGCGACGAAGUCUUCCGUCCGCUAUUCCAUGACAAUGCACAAGAUUUACCGCACUCAAUCAUCUCAUUCGCGGGGCAAUAUAAGAACAUAAUUGCCGUUUCCAGUCUCUCAAAGGCAUUUUCGUUACCCGGAAUCCGAGUUGGAUGGAUCAUCUCACCAAACUCCGAUCUCGUCAAUGAAGCCAUUAACGCGAGAGAUUAUACUACAAUUUCUGUCUCUCAGAUAGACCAGGAUAUCGCAACAUAUGCCCUUGACCCCGUCGUUCGAGAGAAGAUCCUUGACCGAUCACGGUCCAUUUGUCGACAGAAUCUCGCGAGCUUGGAGAAUUUUAUUGCGCAGCAUUCAACCCAGCUCUCUUGGGUCAAGCCUACCGGGGCGUCAUCAGCAUUCGUGCGUAUUUUGGAUCGUCAGACUGGAGUCCCCGUUGAUGAUGCUUCAUACUGUGAGAAUGUCCUCCGCGAUACGGGCUUGCUCAUUGUACCUGGUGGCAAGAGUUUUGGGACAGAAGCCGCUGAGGAUCUGAAGGGAUACUUGCGAGUUGGAUUUGUGUGCUCGACAGGCCAAUUUGAAAGGGCCCUCAGUCUUUGGGACGAGUAUCUAUCAGUAAAUAGUCCUGGAGGCGAAGAGCUAGCCUAA